GUAGAAAAGAUAUUUUCCGAGUAGACACGCGCGCACUCACUGCGUAAACAUUCGCUUAUUCUGUAUUUUUUUGUUCUUUUUCUCUCUCUAAAGUCCAACAACGAAAACCAAAAUCCUUCGGCUUCUCUUUUCACUUCCCUCAACAAGAUCUAACCUGAUUUGACAAAAUUUCUUAGGAAGAAUCACGGAUGAGGGAAUUGGGUACUUGUAGAAGAAGUUCAGAAUCCACAGUGGCACUUGAGGAAAACAUGGGUGGUGAAACCCUAGAAGAGCCUAUGGAGGUGGAUGAAGCUUUCGUUGGGGAGUGUAAUGGGAAGGACAUAAUGGUUGGGGUGUUAGGUUCUGAUUUGUACAUAGAUGGUGUUUGCACUCGUGGGAGUGAUGAUGCUGAGCUGAAUGAUGAAGUUGGUUGUGGUGGUGGGUCAGUUGAGGAGGAUAAAGAUGUGAAUCCUGCGGGUGGAGGAGCUUCCGGGGUUGGUAACAGAGCCGGGGAUACUUUUGAGGGUUCUCAAGUUGUGAGGUCCUUAGAAACUAAGAGUGAACAUGAGACAGCUGAGUUGGAUGGAAAUGGUUCAAGUCAAGUGACCUUGAAAUCACCGGAUGGGCAGAAAAGCAUUGAUGAUGGAAAGCUAGAUACUGAAAUGUUGGAGAAAGAAGCCAAGAGUGAUGUUACUCAGGUUGAGUCAGAUAUUAGGCAAAGUAUUGAAGAACAAGCUGGAAGUGACGAGCAGACAGGUUCACAUGGGGAGCAGGAUAUUGAAGAUGAAGAAUCCGAUGAUGCUGAACAGCAAAAGACAAGAGAUGAAAAAGUAACCAGAUGUUCAUCUACGAAACCUGGGAGUUCGGAGAAAAAUUAUGAGGUGACCUAUCAGGUGCCAACAGAAAAGGAACGUGAGUUUUCUGUACAUGAUUUGGUCUGGGGCAAGGUGAGAAGUCAUCCAUGGUGGCCAGGACAGAUAUUUGAGUCAUCAGAUGCAUCCCCGCUGGCAAUGAAGCAUUCUAAAAAGGACUGCCAUUUAGUGGCUUAUUUUGGUGAUAAAACAUUUGCUUGGAAUGAAGCAUCUCAGCUAAAGCCGUUUAGAACACAUUUCUCUAGUAUUGCCAAACAGAACAGUUCUGAAUCAUUUCAGAAUGCUGUAGAUUGUGCUUUGGAUGAAGUCAGAAGACGUGUAGAAUUUGGGCUAAUAUGUUCCUGUGUACCUAAAGAUACCGAUGGAAAGAUUAAAACCCAGACUGUUGAAAAUGCUGGGAUUCGGCAAGGAGUGGAUUUACCCAACGUGGUCGAUGAAUCUUUAAAUGUUAGUUCUUUUUCACCCACGAAGCUUAUAGGAUACUUGAAAACUUUAGCAGAGUUGCCAACUGGUGGCUUUGAUCGCUUACAGCUUUCAAUUGCUAAAGCUCAGUUGCUUGCAUUCUAUCGUUUAAAGGGUUGCUCUUACUUGCCUGAGGUACAAUAUUGUGGAGGAUUGGACGAUGAUAACAAAUUAAGUAAUAAUGCUAAGAAAAGCUUGAGUGAAGAUGGCAAACAUGCAACUCAUGUAACCAAGAACGAUGGUCAAGCUAUUGGAAAGUUAAAAGCCACAAGCUCUGGUCGCAAUCGUAAACAUAAUCUGAAGGAUGGUAUCUAUUCAGGAAAGAAGAAAAGAAGCUUGUCAGAAAUAGUGGGUGGGUCUCCAGAUUCUCCACGUAGUGAUUAUUGGUCUGACGAUGUCAAUGGUGAUCAGGCUUCCCAAGCCCAUCCGAAGAAAAUUAAGAAUAUCGAUCACUAUGCUGAUGACCCGGGGCCAAAAGGUGCAAGAAAAACAAUUUCUCUUGCAAAAGUUUCAAAUACAACAAAACCAUCAUUUAAAAUUGGUGACCGUAUUCGAAGGGUUGCAAGUCAACUUACUAGAGCUCCAUCCCCUAUGAUCAAGUUUACUGCAGACAAGUCUCAGAUUGCCUAUGGAAGCCCUGAGGGAUUUUCAGGAAAUUCAUCUGAUGUUUUCUCCCCGAAUAUUGAGGAGGCUCAGAGUUCAAGCCCGAGUUUUCCAACAGAAUUUUCAUCUUUAGAUGAUUUGUUAUCAUUACUUCAGUUGAUGGCACAAGAUCCCCGUGGAGAUUAUGGUUUCUUGAAAGUUAUCGUGAGCUUCUUCUCUGAUUUCAGGAAUUCAAUAGUUGUAGGUGAUUAUUCUGGAGAAGAGAUCUUGCCUACAAACAAAGUUGGUACCAAACGGAAGAAACCACCAGUAGGUGGAUCGCAAGAAACAUUUGAAUUUGAUGAUCUUGGUGACACUUAUUGGAUGGGUAUGGAAAUCCAAAAUGGUUCUGAACAACAACCCUCACAGGGAAGCGGCAGAAAGGACAAUGAGCCGGCCCCUUCGGAGCCUGAAAAACCUGUUCAAGUUCGUCGUAAGACUUAUUCCCGGAGACGGUAUUCUGGAAGCGAUCUUGCUGAGGUUCCUGAAAAACCUGGACAGUAUUCUGGUAGCGACCAUGUUGAGGUUCCUGAAAAACCUCCAGGCUACAUAGACGAUAAAUCCCCUGCAGAACUUGUUCUAAACUUUGCUGAUUUGGAUUCUGUUCCCUCAGAAGCAAGCUUAAAUAAGAUCUUUAGGCGAUUUGGACCUCUAAAGGAAACUGAAACAGAAGUUGAUAGAAGCAGCAGCCGGGCUAGAGUGGUUUUCAAGAAAUGUGCUGAUGCAGAGGUUGCUUUCAGUAGCGUUAAGAAGUUCAACAUAUUUGGAUCAGUUCCUGUAAAUUACCAGCUUAACUAUACUCCAAGUGCAUUGUUCAAAGCUUCAUCUUUUCCCGCAACACAUGACCAGGAGAUGCAUCUUGAUCUGUCAAGUUUUGAACUAAACAUGGUAUAAGCCAUUUGAGGAAAAAUGUUAUGAAGGAAGCAUGUCAUUGGAGCAGCAAUAUGGAACAAGAUGAUCAUGUGUAGGGUUUUCAGAAACACAAGAUGUUUUUUCACCUUGCAAAUCCAAGAGGUUACUACAGAGAGCGCUUUGCAAGAAAUCAAUGGUGUUGCUUCAUUCUACAUAUUACUUUCUUAUGUGGAGCAGGUAGUAUUGAGAACAUUGGAUAGAUCUAUCUAGAUUAUAGACCUUGGAUUGUAUAUUGGGUUGAGAUUGUUGUCCAGUUUCUGUGAUAGCACUAGGAAUUUAAUUUGCUUUCUGACUUUGUUUAAGCUACUUCGCGGCCUUCUAAUCAAAUGUCACUGUAGAGAGUUAAUUCUAGAAAAUAUGGUGUUAUGCUUACUGUGCAAGUUUACAUCUAAAAGGGUAGUGACAGCGUUGUAUCAAUGGGACCAAAUAUUGAGCAACAAAAGGUCAAGAGAAUAAGCUCAA